AUGUGCACGCCAGAGCCCAUCUGCCCUGCCAAUGCCACCAUUUGCUCAGGCAAGUCCUGCCUGGUGCCCCCGAAUAAUUUUAAUCAGAUCCUUGGCGUUGUGAUGAGCACUGUGAUGACCGUCAUGCUGGCCAUGGUCAUGUUUUCGAUGGGCUGCACUGUUGAGGCAAAAAAGCUCUGGAGCCACAUCCGCAGGCCCUGGGGCAUUUUCAUUGGUUUCCUCUGCCAGUUUGGGAUCAUGCCAUUCACAGCCUUCGCUCUUGCACUGGCCUUCAACGUGCUUCCAGUCCAAGCUGUAGUCAUCAUCAUCAUGGGCUGUUGCCCUGGGGGUUCCAGCUCAAAUAUUAUCUGCUAUUGGCUUGAUGGAGACAUGGACCUAAGUAUCAGCAUGACAGCAUGUUCUUCCAUCCUGGCUCUCGGUAUGAUGCCUCUUUGUCUACUCAUCUACACCUCAGUCUGGACUUCAGCCGAUGCAAUCCAGAUCCCUUACGACAGCAUCGGGAUCACACUAGUGAGUUUACUUGUGCCUGUUGCUGUUGGAAUGUUCGUGAAAUACAGGUGGCCCAAAAUAGCGAAAAAGAUCCUUAAAGUUGGAUCAGUCGUGGGAAUCAUCCUCAUCAUCAUUAUCGCCGUGAUAGGUGGUGUGCUGUACCAGUCCUCGUGGAUCAUUUCUCCUUCUCUUUGGAUCAUUGGAACCAUUUAUCCCUUUGUCGGCUUUGGACUGGGCUUUCUGUUGGCUCGCUUUGUGGGACAACCUUGGUACAGAUGUCGCACCAUUGCUUUGGAAACCGGCAUGCAGAAUGCUCAGCUAUGCAGUACUAUUACCCAGCUGUCCUUUACUCCCGCGGAGCUUGAGGUCAUGUUUGCCUUCCCCUUAAUCUACAGUAUCUUCCAACUGGUUGUGGCUGGGAUUGCAGUAGGAAUUUAUUACUCAUUGAAGCGCUGUAGUCAUAUGUCAGUGGACAAAGAUGGAGAAAGUGCAGAGACCACUACUGAGUCUGGCUCCAUUAAGGAUAAGCAGAAUUAUGCCUUGGAGAAUGAUGGCUUUCAGCAUGAUGAGAAUGGAAACACUGAGAAAAAGGGCAAAGGUACGCAGAUGUGA